GUAAAGGAUGGUCAACACCGACAUAUGAAGACAUUCUAAAUAGGAAGCGACAACAAGAGCAGCUGUACAGGCACAUGAAUGAUCCCGUGCCAUUGAAAUCUUACAGUAGUGAGGGAGCGCUUCAAUACCUUUGAGAUGGACAACAGGCUAAGGGAACUUGAUAAAGAGUUGGAAGCAAAGAAAAUUCGCUUCCAAAAUGAGAGAUUGCGUCAGAGCAUAUUAGAUGACCCCACCUGGUUAAGUCCACGAAGAGGAACCCUCAACAGUCACUACACAACAUUGCUUUCACGGCUCCAGGAUUUUAGCCAGUCUCUUAAGGAUGACCUUGAUGCACGUCGACCUUUGCCUUCUAUUCAUGACCCAAUGCCUCCUCCAAAGGUCACCUCCACUGCUACUAACUUUGUCAGAUCCUCUAUGAGGAAAGAACCACAACAGCAGACUGGAGAAUAUUAUGCUACCCUACCUGUUGGGGCACCAGGUCCCACAACUCAGCAGGUGACUGGCCGGGGUCCCACAGACAGUGCUAAGCGGCGGCAGAAGGCUCAGUAUCGGGAUGAGUUGCUGAACCAGAUGGAGCUGAAGGAACAAGCAAGAGCUAAAGAGAAGCUAAGUGACAUGCAGACACAGGAGGUGGGCCUGCUGGGGACUGACCGUCAGAAGCCUGUUGUAGCAUCUCACCAGUCUCAUCCUCUACCUAAAAAGGAUGACGUGUCCAUCUAUCAUUCCAAGAUCUUGGAGACUCUCAGCCCAAGGUCAGAAGUUGUCUUGGGUCGAAGUCGUUUGGAAGACUUUGACCGAGAUGACCUGUUGAGAGGACCCAGUGGAAGAGCAGCAGGACUGAGCAAGCCCUUUAGCCUGAGUCAACCCUCAGCCAUUCGUGGCAGUGGUGGCACUUACAGUGGAAUAGGAAGUAUUUUGGACACUGGUUUCGACAAACUUCUGUUAGAUCCUCCUCAGCGGAUCUCUAGCCUUGAUCCUCCACCAGGCCUUAAAUAUGAGCCAGCAUCCUACAUCACGCAAGGUGCAGGGGCAGGCUUACAUAAUUCAGUGGAUGAGGCCUACAAUUUCUAUGCCACACGUGACCCUCUAAACUCUAACAGCUUUACAGCUGCUGGGGGAGGUUUCGGAGGUGGUGGUGUUGUAAGUGGGCGUUUGGCAGCUGAUCAGGAAAUUUCCUUUGCUGGAGGGGCUGGAGGAAGCAGAUCCAGAGUUCAUUUUGAUGAUCAGAGACAUCAAGGGGACAGGGCCAACCGAGUUUCAGCUAUGGACUUCCCCACAGAUGACGAUAAGAAGCGCCAGCAGAGGGCAGCUGCACAGUCUUACCAAGAAGAACUCAACAGACAGAUUGAAGAGAAAAAGAAGAAAAAGCAACUGGAAAGAGAAGAGAGAGAAAGAUAUGAACGCAAGUUAGAGCAGGAGGCCAAAGAGUACAGUCCUUUUGGACGUAUCGGUGGUGGUGCUCCCAACAGGGAUUCCUUUGGUAAUAUCAUAGCGGAUUUGAGACAGAUGCACCAUACUAACGAUCCAGAAGGCCCUACGGGCAAUGUUUCCUACCGAAGUCCACGAAAGCCUGCUGCUCCCACUAGUGUACGUGAUGACCUUAUUAAGACCCCUCCUGUACAGACCACAGCAGAAGGAGAACAGUCAUUUGCUCGUGGUGGUCAUGGUAUUUUUGGCAUGCCCAAGACUGAUGCAGAGAAGAUUCAAGCUGAUAGAUACAAAGAUGAGCUUAGACGACAGAUUGAAGAGAAAAGACUAGAAGAACUGCGCAAGAGGGAAGAAGAGCGUCGCGCUGAAGAACGGGAAAUGCAGCGAGUGCAAGAGCAACAGCUACGUAUGCAGGAAGAGUAUGAGGAAGAGCGCCGCAAGAUUCGUCAGAAAGAAGAAGAAGCAAGGCGGAAGAAUGAAGAACUUGUCCGUGAGGCAGAAGAACGAAAAAGAGAAGCAGAGCGAAAGAAGAAAGAAGCAGAAGCUGAGAGGCUAGAAGAAUUGAUAAAAGAAAGAGAAUUAGAUGCCCGCUUGGAGAAAGAUGAACACAGAUCUCCAGCAGUUCCGACACUUCGUCAAAAAGAAAGUGACAGCAACAAAGCAAGGGAGACACGGACCAAAUCACCAGUUGUACCAGCAGCUAGGAUCCACACUGCAGAGCCAGAUGCUCAUCCUUCAACUUCAGCGCGAGGUCCUUCGCCUGUUGUAAGGUCACAGAGUGCUGAUGUGUUGAAUCAGCUGGCAGCCAUGAAACAGCAGUUACAAAAUGAGCGGCAGAGAGUGGAAAGCAUGCUGAAUACUGACAGGAAUGAACCAGAUGUCUUUGACCCUCGCCUGGUCCAGCGACCACCACCAGCGCCUGUGAUGUAUGUUAAGAGCAGAGUUGACAUAUUUGAGACUGCUCGCACUGGUAAUGCAGUAGCAGUCCGUCGUACCCCAGCAGAUCGUGCUAAUUUACAGGCAGUAGCUGAUUUCAGUGCCUUAAAGAACAAGGAUGACUCAGAUUCCAGGAAGGAGUUCCGCAGCAUGUUUCCAGAGCUGCCAUUAACAGGUGACUCUCUGGAGGCUCAGCAAGCUGCCCUGCUUCAACAGCAGGAAGAAAACCUGAAACAUCUACGAGAGAGAAUCUUCCCUUUGUAUUUCUGGAAUUCUGCAAGUGAACAGUCCUUACGGCCACUAGAUUUGGGCUCUCGAAAACCUGCUAUACCUCGUUCUCCACGUGUCAAUUCUCACACUCCCAAGCAGUUGCACGCCAACAGCGCAUUUGUAGAUGUUGAAAACUUCACUUACUUACCUGAUGACUUUGAGGAUAUGCCUGCCAGUAAUCGCAAUGAAUCUGCACGAGCUCGCCGACGAGGGCACAUUUCCCCAAGGGUAACCAAUCAAGGGAGCAGUGAUCCAUUUGGAUCUACAGUAAGCCUGAAUGUUGAUCGCCUGGCCAAGAAAAAUGAAAACCGGCUCAAGAGGUUGCGAGAUCUUCAAGGGGAUGAUCUGUCUCUAUAUGAUCCUGAUGAUGUCCUGGACCGUUUCAUGUCCAAGCAGGCCCACAACAGACCACCCUCUGGACUGACACUGCAGGAUGAUACAUGGAUGUUUACUGGAGCUGCAAGCAAAGUGUCAGGAUACUAGGAUUAGUCAUCACGUCAUUUCACGAGGCGGUUACAGGCAGGCUCAUCCAGCUAUAAGACUACAAAAUAAUAACAGCUUCAUGUUUCAUAUAGGUUAUUGUUAAAAUGUGCUUGCUACCUUUUUCAUACUUCAUUUAUGUAUUUAUUAUAAAAAGUGUUAUCAGGAAGUCUGGAUCAAACUACGUCGCCAUCAAAAUUCCAUUUUUCCACUAUUUGACAUUGUGCCAAUCAGUUUUUAUUUUUGUCGAGUGUGGUAUUAUGCAUUACACUGGUUGGUUGACAUCCGCCAUGUCCAUAGUUAUGUAUAUAUAAUAUUGUGUGUCUGGUAUUUGAACACAUUCUCAAAAAAGUUAUGUAAACUUACAUUAGCCUUACGAGCUGCUAACAACCAGCCUUGUCAACCCAUAUCCUCAUUGACAAUCGUGUAUAGCUUCUUUAGUACAUGCCCUACAAGAUCAACAGUCAUGAUAUUCAGGUGAAGUUCAAUGUCUGUGAUACAAAUCUGAAGGAGAGAAAUACAGUCAUCUUGCUCCUUUUGAGUUAAUCUGUCCUUCAGCUUGGCCUGUGUCAUAGGCUGUCUGCACAAUUUUGUCAUGCUAGCAUUCUGCAUUUUGCGUGAACUGUUUAUCCAUGUUUUAGGCACAUGUUCAUAUGUAUGCAUGCACAUGCAGAGAUGGAGAGAGGCAGGUGUACAUGCACACAAUGUUGUUGUUUUUACUUUCAAUGGCAGAAGGUUAAGAUCACUUUCAAUUUAUUUUUUGGUUCAGGGGAAGGGUGGGUGUGGUCCAGUGGCUCAAUUGUUAGCGCAUGUCACCAAUACAAUGAGGGUUGGCUCUCCUGGGUUCAGCUCUAGUCUCGGGCAGGGUGUUCUUUUUCUGCAUGUGGCAUCUAUUUAGAGGGUUGGCUGCAUUGCAGAGAUAUUGCCUUAGGUGGUGGCUUAGUGUAAAACACCAGUUUCCUCCCCACAUCCUUCAGUUUGGGACACAGUACAAAAGAAAUGUGUAACUGAAGACUUCUUGAAUGGAGAAAUGUCUGCUUCAAGUAAACAUAACAAAAUAGUAACAUUUGCUCUGUUUCCCAGACUUCAGCAAAAGCAACAUAUAAAGAAGUACAGUCAAAUCUCCCUACUAUGCCACCCCGCUACUAUGCACUCUCGUAUUAUGCCACUUUGCUCGGUCCCGACUAUAAAUUCAAUGUAAAAAAAAAUUUACUAUGCCACCCCUACU